AUGUCUCAAUCAUUGCGACCUUACCUUCAAUGCGUACGAUCUUCCUUAACAGCGGCUCUAUGCCUCUCGAACUUCGCAUCGCAGACCUCUGAAAGGCACAAUGUGCCAGAGAUUGAAGCUAAAACUUCACCGGAAGUCCUCUUAAAUCCCUUGACUGUCGCACGAAAUGAAAACGAAAGAGUCCUCAUUGAACCAAGUAUCAACAGUGUCCGAAUCAGUAUCAAGAUCAAACAAGCGGACGAAAUUGAGCACAUUCUUGUACACAAAUUUACCAGAUUCUUGACCCAAAGAGCGGAAGCGUUCUUUAUUCUCAGGAGAAAGCCGGUUAAGGGCUACGAUAUUUCGUUUUUGAUUACGAACUUCCAUACAGAGGAGAUGUUAAAGCAUAAGCUGGUGGAUUUCAUCAUACAGUUUAUGGAGGAAGUCGAUAAGGAAAUCUCGGAGAUGAAGCUAUUUUUGAAUGCUCGCGCAAGAUUCGUUGCGGAAUCGUUUUUAACACCUUUCGAUUAA